AUGGCCCCCAUAGCGAAAGCCCUUUUCCAGCCCUCACCGCGACUCUCGCUGCGACGCGCCUCCGUUGCUGACCUCGAGGCCAUGCUGGAGAUCGCCCUCGCUGCGCUGCCCAUGGAUCCUCAGUGGGACUACCGGUUCCCUCACCGGAGGGCCUAUCCAAGCGAUACUAGAAAGUACACAAGGAUGCGGUAUAGAGAGUUUUUGGAGGAUCAGAACGAGCGAUGGGUUGUGAUGCUUGCUGAGCAUCGACCCGCACAGGACUCGCGGGAGCCUGUCGCCUUUGCGGUUUGGGAGAUUAAAAACAUCCGCAAGCAGAAGACCGUGCAGAUCCAGCUUGAAAAGAAUCUUAAUGUGCUUCACAGGCCUCCGUUCCGGCAGCGCAGACGGGACGGCGACUGUAAACGGAUGCAGGCCUGGACAGACACGACGUCAGCGUCGAAGAAGCUGUUGUUCGACAGCCAGUUCGGUGCCAGCCAUUUCCAGCUCCAGAUUCUGGCUACGCAUCCAGAGUUCCAGCGCCGGGGCGCGGGCGGCCAGCUCGUAGGCUGGGGCAUUCAACUAGCACAAUGCCUGAACAUGGCCAUCUCGGUAUUCGCAAGUCCCAUGGGCGAACGUUUGUAUCUCCGUCUCGGUUUUGUCUCUGUGGCUUCAGUCUUCGUCAAUGUCGAGAAAGAGCUGGAGAGCGUGGUCUUGGCGGCCAUGGUUUACGUCCCCUCUGGUUCAAGCAGGCCAUCUUCACGAAAAGACGCGCCAAUGGCAACGGAGAUGUCUCUGAUUCGUCUCGUCCGACUGCCAAUUCAAACUCGCAGCGCGCAGGGCUCGUUUCAGGGUCCGGCGUCAGGUGCAAAGACCCGGGAAAACCUCGAUGACAUUGGUGGCGCUUGUCCUGCAUGA